AUGGCGACCAUAGCUACGAUGGCCUUGCUGAAGCCCGCCAAGAUCGUGGCGCGGUCAGCGCCAUCCACCAGCGGCGCCGGCAGCAGCGUCUCGCUGCGCCUCCCGGCGGCGCAGGCCAAGAAGCAGGCCGCGGUGGCCGUGUCAUCGUCGUCGACGGCCACGCCGGCGGCGGCCGCGGCGCUGGCGGGCGCCUUCUUCUCGGCGCUGGCGUCGUCGGACGCGGCGCUGGCGGCGCAGAGCAUGGCGGACGUGGCGGCGGCGGACGCCGGGAGCGACAACCGCGGCCAGCUGCUGCUCUUCGUGGUGGCGCCCGCCAUCGGGUGGGUGCUCUACAACAUCCUGCAGCCGGCGCUGAACCAGCUGAACCGCAUGCGCAGCCAGGCCGUGGUCGCCGGCCUCGGCCUCGGCGCCGCGGCGGCGGCUGGUAUGGCGACCGCGCCCGAGGCCUCCGCCGCCGCGGCGCAGGACCUGGCUGCACUCGCCGCUGCGGCGCCCGCCGACGACAGCCGUGGCCUCCUGCUGCUCAUCGUCGUGGCGCCCGCCAUCGGCUGGGUGCUCUACAACAUCCUCCAGCCGGCUCUCAACCAGCUCAACCGCAUGCGGUCCGACUGA